AUGGAAAGGGGACAUCGGUGGAUGGAGAAGGAGGAAGCCUGCUCUCUGCGACAGGCUAUGGAAGAUAUGGAGUUGAAGGACCAGAAUCUAUCUAAGGCUAGCAGCCCCUCGGAUGAUCAACGUAUCUAUGAGGCCGCCCUGAACGAGGCAUCUGAGCUAGUCUGGCAGCAUCAACAUCCGGGAGCCUCGAACCCGACAGGACCGUACCGAUACCGACCACACCUGAGGAAGAACAGCUACGCGCAUGCACGCACCGCGAGUGUGGGAAUGUACGGUGAUGAGAUUGUCGCCACCGGGCUGGCAAGGGAUACGCCGCGCUCAGUAUCUGGAAGCUCCGCCGAGAGCGCAGCCAGUCUGCCGUUAACCAAACAACGAAACCCAAAUGCAGGGAUUCCGGAAGGCAUCGCCCCCGCGAGACGUGACGGGCACCUGGGCCAAGGGUCUCAUCGCAGUGGUUCAAAGCGCAAUAUCAGUGGUGAAAUUGGAAACCCCUUCUCUGUUGAUCAGAUAUGGGAGGAGCCUGAGGCAGUGGUGAAGGCCAUGGUACCCGGCCACUCCCCACUCCAGGAGCUUCCGCAAGAAGGCCUCGGUGCCCUCGGCCGCCGAUCACCCAAGGCAAAGGCUCUGCCUUGUGCCACGAAUGCGGGCAUCAUCUCCAAGGCCGAGCCCGACUCCUUCCGUAGGGAGCGUCUGGAACGGAUCAACCGUCGGAUGGCUGGUGAGAUUCUCGAGGAGGCUCCUGGAAAGACCAUGGCUGAGGAUGGAGACGAUCGCCUUCGGUUCUACUGCCACUUAGAUUGGCAUGAACUAUUUGCGCCAAAGUGCAAGCAUUGCAAAACUCCUAUUUUAGGAGAACAUAUUGUCGCCCUCGGGGAACAUUGGCACUAUGGACAUUUCUUCUGCGCCGAAUGCGGAGACCCUUUUGAGCACGGAAUGACUCACAUCGAAAAGGACGGCUACGCCUGGUGCAUCAGCUGCCAGACUAAACGGACAGAGCGGAGAGCCCCGAAAUGCAGAAAGUGCAAGCUUGCUGUGGUCGGCCAGUACGUUCAAGCGCUCGGAAAAGAGUUGGCGGAGAAGAUAUACGGUAUCUGGGGUAUCCGUCGGCUGAACCCGCUGGCCCUCGAAGAGAAAACGGACGGAAGCCAUGUUCUUGCCCUGCCUAUCGCAGAACGCGCUCAUGAGCUUCUCUAG